AACAAACGCUCCCGGGGAAACGAGCCCAACCUGUUUGCCACGGGGCUGCGGCCGCUGCAGGAAUGUGGGCGGUUGGUGACCACAGGCGGGUCCCACGGGGACGCGGAGCCCCAGAACCCGCACUCCAUUCCGCCCUCGGCACCCAGCAGCCCGCACCAUGCUCCCGCUGCUCCUCCUGCUCCUGCCCGCCGCCCACGGCGUAGUCCAGCUGGGGUACACGCCGGCCCUGACCCAGGAGCCCGUGCUGGGGGGGCAGACGACCGCCUCCACCUUCGUGCUGGACCAGCCCCGCUGCAUCUUCAACAACUACGGCAACGCCGACAUCUGGCUGGUGGUGGCCCUGGACGGGGCCACAUCCAACUUCAGCAACACCGCGAGGCCGGGGACUCCCGAGACCGCUUUCCAGGGGUUCCCUGACCCCGUCCGUGCCUACAUGACCCUCAACGCCACCCUGGCCAACUACCCCUGUCCCAAACCCGCCGGGGAGAUCACGGUGCUGCGCGUCGGCAGCGAGACGAGCUGCGCCCAGGACGUGACGAGACCCACCUGCAAUGGGCCCCUGCCCAGCCCCGGGCCCUACCGGGUGAAGUUCCUCGCCCUGGAGGGCUCUGUGCCCGUGGCUGAGACAGGCUGGUCGAAGCCAAUCAAGCUGAGGGAAGCCAAGUCACCCGACACCAUCUCCACGACGGGCGGCGGGCACAGCGCCGGCAUGAUCGCCAUCACCACCAUCCUCUCCAUCCUCUUCGCCAUCCUCCUGGCCGGACUGGUGGCCAUGCUCGUCUUCUGGAGCUCGGACUCGUGCAGCGGCAGCAGCACCUUCAGCAAGCCGGAGUCGGUGACGGUGCGGCGGUACAAUACCCACCACGUCUAUGACCAGCCGGCCGCCCGGCUCUGAGCCCCCGGCACCGCCUCCCCUCCCCCGUGCGGGGGUCACAGUGACCUCACCCGCUCC